AUGAAUAGCAGGCUUGAAGAACAAGAAUCAAAAUGGACAUGUGAAUAUUGUACAUACGAGAAUUGGCCUUCAUCACUGAAAUGCACAAUGUGCAGAGGUGCCAAGCCUUUGUUAGGAGAGGAUAUUUAUCGCCUAAGAGAUCCAAGUCCGCAGAGGUCUGGAUCAAACGUUGCAUCUGGCCCAGUAACUCAUUUAAGUCCAACAGAUUCUUACAAUCUUAGUUCUCAAAAUGUACCAUUGGGAAAGUGGUCUUGUGCAAUGUGUACCUAUCUUAAUUAUCAAAAUACCACACGUUGUGUUCAGUGUGGAAAUAGAAAACCUACAGGUCUUAAUCAGUCAAUACACUCCAUAGCCUCGAAUUUGCAUGAACAUCUAGCACCUCUUAGGCUAGGAGAUCCGCCACCAAACUCAGGAUCAAAUCCUCCUCCAAUAAACUUACAUCCAGAAAGAUAUUACAAUUUACAAGCUAAUUUACAUCCUGAGAAGUGGUCUUGUCUAAUAUGUACUUACGAAAAUUGGCCAAAAGCCACAAAGUGUGUGAUGUGUGGUAAUCCUAAAGAAAAAGAUAGAAGAGACAGAACAACCAAUAAUGUGGCUGUUAUUUUACCAAGUCCAGAAAGAGAUCAUAGCCAGCGUAACUUACCUUCUCCACCUCAUGCACCUUAUAUACAUCAAAACCAGAGAGAUGAGAACUUAGCUGUGGGACGAAGGAAUUCACAUAGAUAUCCUGAUAGCAGAAAUGACAAUUUGUCAACUCCUCAAUCCCCUAAUAAUUGUGAUUAUGAGCGUAGACUAAAACAAUUAAGGCGUCAUACUGAUUGGUGCUGGUUAAACGCGUGUCUUGGCAUUGUGGAAGGUGACAAUGCUCCUGUUGAAGCUUAUUUGGCAAGUGGUGGUGAUCCUGCUCGUCAAUUGACGCAUUCAGAAGUUCUGCUUCUAAAUAGAAGUAGUGCUUUUGAUGUUGGACAUACCUUAGUACAUUUAGCUAUUAGAUUUCAAAGAGAGGAUAUACUAGCAACAUUAUUAUCACAAAUUGAGGGUUCUGGAUCUGGAGUAAAAAGAGUACCAAGUUAUGUUGCACCAGAUUUGGCUGCUCAAAUACGCAGACAUGUCACUAAUAGUAUCCGGCUACGCAAGGGUUCUUUUCCAUGUUAUUUUGUCACUGAUAUAGCUACAUUUGCUUUGCCUGCUGAGGUUGAAGAUUUACCAAGUAUAGUGCAAGAACAAAUGUUGGAAGAAUUAUUGGAUAAAGAAGCUCAGCAACAAUUAGAAGGUGGUGGUGGAGAACCACCAGCAUUAAAUUGGUCUUUAGAAAUUACCGAACGUUUAGGAAGUCGUUUACAUGCACUUUGGAAUAGAUCUGCUGGAGAUUGUUUAUUAGAUUCUGCAAUGCAAGCUACUUGGGGCGUUUUUGAUCGAGAUAAUGCUUUAAGAAGAGCUCUUGCUGAUUCUCUACAACAAGCUGGUCAAUUUUUUUAUCCUCGAUGGAGAGAAUACGAAGCAUCUCAAGCGUCUAGAAUGUUGGAUUUUACAUUAGAAGAGACUCAGUGGCAAGAGGAUUGGGAAAGUUUAUUAGCAACAGCUGCUCAACCAGGAAGUGCUUUGGAGCAGUUACAUGUAUUUGCUCUUGCCCACAUUUUAAGGCGACCUAUUAUUGUUUAUGGGGUUAAAUAUGUUAAAAGUUUUAGGGGCGAAGAUAUAGGUUAUGCAAGAUUUGAAGGUGUUUAUCUUCCACUUUUAUGGGAACCUUCAUUUUGUAUUCGUUCUCCUAUUGCUUUGGGUUAUACGCGUGGACAUUUCACGGCUUUAGUUCCCAUCGAACCAUACGCAUCGUCCAGAAUACCACCUCUUUCAUCUCAUGGUGGUGGUAAUGGUCCACUUCAGCAGCUGCAAAUACAAAUGCAGACGACAUUUAUGCCAUUAAUGGACCGAGAACAUAAACUUUUACCAAUACAUUUUUUGAGUUUGGAAGAAGUAGGUCGAGAAGAAUCUAUUUUAAAAGAAUGGCUUGACGUAUGCAGAACCGAAGGUGGUAUCCUUGUUGCGCAACAAAAACUACACAAGAGACCUUUAUUAGUAGCACAAAUGCUAGAAGAAUGGUUAAAUCAUUAUCGAAGACUCGCGUAAGUAAUUUUACACUUGAAAACAUUUCGUUUGGUAUACAUUUUGGCCUAGAUAUAGAGUUAAAUUAUUUUUGUCGUUACAGUCAAACUAACAAUGCACCUUUUUUGAGACCAGCAGUUUUACAAGAUUACAGUAGUGAUGGAGAUACAGAAGACGAAUAA